AGUAGCGGCAAAAGAAGAGGAGGGCGUAGGGAAGCGUUGCUGAGUUGGCCUUCGGUUAACGUGAAUGUCGCAGCUUUGGACGCAGUAUUGGUAGAGACGAGUAGACAGAGUGGGAGGGAGUUGUCUCGCUCACUACUCUUCACAAAACUAGUUUGGCUGUAAAGAACAUCGAGAUCCGCGUGUAGUGGCACUACCUUCCUACAUUUAAAGAACUUCCCAACGUUGAAUCUCUUCUACCCACCACUCCUACUAAAACAUCCCCCCCCCUCUCUCUCUCUCUCUCUCUCUCUCUCUCACACUUCCGCGUGGUCGUUUAUUUGAGCUCUACAUUUUCUGCUCUCUGAGCCUCGGAUUGGAUUAACGUUAACCUAGCUAGCAGCUCUCGUCGACUCUUCGCUCAUGGAUUCCCCAUAAUUCAAGGUGUCAAGAGGAGGAGCAAGUUCAAGAGCAAUGUUCUGAAAACUUUGUUACCGUGCCAGGGGAAGAAGAAUUGCUGCGACUGCACUCAUAGUCAUAGUCACCUCAUUAGACCACCUGCAAACAUCACUUAUGAAGCUGCAAACUAUUUACGGAUCCUUACCUUUCCUCUUGCUCUUUUAUUUUCUUCCCCAAAAUAUAGCUGACCUAUAUUCAGACAGACAAGCCCUACUUGAAUUUGCCUCUGUUGUUCCUCAUGGUGGGAAAGUCAACUGGAAUCCUGCUACUUCACUUUGCACUUCUUGGGUUGGUAUAACUUGCACCCUGAAUGGCUCCCGUGUAGUUGGAGUUCGGCUUCCUGGUGUUGGACUUUUUGGUCCCAUUCCAGCCAACACCCUUGGGAAGUUGGAUGCCCUCACAAUCCUCAGUCUUCGAUCCAACCGCCUCAGUGGGAGUAUUCCAAUUGACAUACUUUCCCUUCCUUCCCUCCACUACAUGUACCUUCAAGAUAAUAACUUCUCAGGUAACCUUCCGUCUUCUUUUUCUCCCCGGCUUAUCUUUCUCGAUCUCUCCUUCAACUCCUUCACGGGAAACAUUCCGGACUCGAUUAACAAUUUAACACAUCUCAGUGGCUUGAACCUCCAGAACAACUCCUUGACUGGAUCAAUCCCUCAUCUUAACCUCCCAGGGCUUAAACAUUUCAAUUUGAGAUACAACAACCUAAAUGGUUCAAUUCCAUCAGCCCUACAAAAGUUCCCCGUGUCCUCUUUUGCAGGAAAUUGGAUGUUAUGUGGGCCACCACUUAACCAGUGUUCUUCAGUUUCCCCCACACCUUCACCUUCUCCCACUCAUUUACUACCCCCACCUCCAAAACCAAGUGGUGGUUCCAAAAGGAAGUUGAGUACAGGAGCCAUCAUUGCCAUUUCCAUUGGGGGUUCUGUAGUGAUGUUUCUUUUAGUUAUAGUCAUAGUGCUCUGCUGUUCAAAGAAAAAAGACCGUGAGAACAGUAGUGGACAGAAAGGGAAGGGUAGAAGGAACGAGAAACCCAAGGAAGACUUUGGGAGUGGAGUGCAAGAUGCUGAGAAGAACAAGUUGGUUUUCUUUGAGGGCUGUUCUUAUAAUUUUGAUCUUGAGGAUUUAUUGAGAGCUUCAGCUGAAGUUCUAGGAAAGGGGAGUUAUGGGACAACUUACAAGGCCAUUUUGGAGGAGGGAACAACAGUUGUCACGAAGAGGUUGAAAGAAGUGCUAGUGGGGAAAAAAGAGUUUGAACAGCAAAUGGAAAUUGUGCAGAGUAUCGGUCAGCACCCAAAUAUUGUUCCCCUCCGUGCUUAUUACUAUUCCAAGGAUGAAAAGCUACUGGUUUAUGACUACAUAACAAAUGGUAGCUUUUCCACAUUAUUGCAUGGAAACAGGGAAAGCAGACCAGCUCCAUUAGACUGGGAGUCCAGAGUAAAGAUUUGCCUUGGAACUGCAAGGGGCAUUGCCCAUAUGCAUUCUGCUGGUGGUGGGAAAUUUAUACACGGAAACAUCAAGUCCUCCAAUGUUUUUCUUACACAAGACCUCCAUGGCUGCGUGUCAGAUUUUGGUUUGACAACUCAGAUGAUUUUGACUGCUGUCCCACCUAGAAGUGCAGGUUAUCGAGCUCCUGAGGUGAUCGAAACUAGAAAAGUCACUCAAAAAUCUGAUGUUUACAGUUUUGGUGUUCUCCUCCUGGAGAUGCUGACAGGUAAAGCACCAAUCCCAUCUCCGGGGCAGGAUGAUAUGGUUGAUCUUCCAAGGUGGGUCCAGUCCGUUGUAAGAGAGGAAUGGACUGCUGAGGUGUUUGAUGUAGAGCUAAUGAGGGACAGAAAUAUUGAAGAAGAGUUGGUGCAAAUGCUUCAAAUAGCAAUGGCCUGUGUAGCCAAGGUGCCAGACAUGAGACCCACAAUGGGUGAAGUUAUACGGAUGAUCGAGGAAAGCAGGCCAUCUGAUUUUGAGAAUAGGCCAUCACUGAUAGUGGUCAACUCCUCCGGCUCAAAUAAUGAGACACCAUGAUUGUCGUCGCCAAUAUUCUCAAGCUUCUGCCAAAUAGACCCCACGUAAGCUUUGCUGCAGAAACGAUCCGCAUGAAAACCUUUUUCUAACUCUUAGAAUAUGUCCAAUUGUGUGAUUCUUUUUAGGGCAAUGGUGUAACACAUUAAAUCGUUUAUUAUUUUUCCCUGGCCUCUUCUCACUACCGUAACGAAAUUUGUUUCCAAAAGAUUAUGACUCGUUGACUAUGUAUCUUAGGCUGCAUUUGGGUAAUGAGGUAAUGUUAGAUGAUUUGAGUUAAUCUAUAAAUAGUAGUGUUAGUGCA